CAAGCCUGUGCCAUGUUUAAAACAAGAAUGCAGUCACGACGACUCAGUUCUCAGUUUUCUGUCAGUGCGCGGGUUGCUUCUCCCUCCAUCAGACACUGGGAUAGCGCGUUCGUGUUUUUAGUGAUAUUUUGGGAUUUGGUUUGUUUGCCUUCCCGAAAUACAUUGUUCUUGUGAUUCACGGUUUUAAAAAUGUGACGACUUUUGAGUCAAUUCAAUAGGUACUUGUUAACACUAUGUGAGUAUUGAUCCAUAGGCCUUCUCUUGCACCGACCUAAAUUUUGACAGACGAAGCAAUCAUUUUGUAACACUGGUGCAAAAUCUUCAAGACGGAUGAUCCUACCGUUUGUCACCUGGAGACACAAGCACCCGAUAUAAUUUUUUAAAGUAUUUCAUAAUAGUUGUCUGACGUGACCAAAAUACGUUUUCCUGUGUUUUGAAAUUCACUCAAACAAACAAAACGAAACCCACCGACCCCGCAUUAACUGUGAAAGCUUUCUCAUUGCUACUGUGUAUCAGAUCCCAGAUGAGAUCACAGCAAUCAUAAGGGUAGUGGUAUUGUGAAAUCAGUGAGUCAUCGAGAGAGGUUCGGCGUUCUCAGAGUGGACGUGUCCUGCUGAUGUUAAACUGCCCGUCGGUCACCGGGGUAAGGAGGAGGACGGAGAACGAAUAGUCUGAGGGUCACUUCAACGUCCCAGCUCUGAGCGGAUAUCACACACUUGACUGGUGAGUACAGCUGAUGAAAAGAUGCAGUCUUCAGCUAUUUUCCCGAAAGUUGUGUCGUUUCUACUGCUGAGUCUGCUGAGUCCGAUGUGUCAAGGUCAUGGCCGUUUGUUAGAGCCACCAUCAAGGUCGUCAAUGUGGCGUCUGGGAUACGACACACCGCACAACUAUGACGACAACCAGCUGUUUUGCGGAGGAGUUGGGGUCCAAUACGGACAAAAUGGCGGAAAAUGCGGCGUCUGCGGAGACCCUUGGAAUGGACCACUCGAUAACGAGGCAGGCGGCAAGUACGCAACGGGAAUCAUCGUCCGGAAGUACAGAACGGGUCAGGUCAUCGAUGUGACGGUUGAGCUAACAGCCAACCACAAAGGGUACUUCGAGUUUCACGUCUGCCCGUCUGACAACCCUUUCGCAAAAAUCACCCAUGAAUGUUUGAAGAAGUAUCCUUUACUUGUGGAGGACACUGGAAAGGUCCGAUACCAAGUGCCCGAAGACGGCUAUAAUGUGAAAAUCAAGCUAAAACUUCGUUUACCGGAAGGUCUUAAGUGCCGCGCAUGCGUGUUGCAGUGGAAGUACAAUGCUGGUAACAGCUGGGGCACCGGACCAGACGGGACUCAGUGUGUCGGCUGUGGUAACCAAGAGCAGUUUUACGGCUGUGCAGACAUCGCCGUGGGUUAUAGUGACGUCUCACUUAACCGGCCACCAGUCCAACAUCCAUGGUAUUUCCAGGAAGAGGACUCUGAGUGGCAUUACGGAAUUGUGAAAACCAAUCUAAAAACCAACGUGACUUCUGGAAAUGGUGUGGACAGAUUAGCGCAAAGCCAUGUUUUCGGCAGUCUUGUUUUGUCUUUCCUCACCUUUCUUUUUUGUCACUUUUAGUUUUGGGAAUAUAUUUUAAUGUCCCUUGUUUGAUUCAUUGUAUGGAAACUCAUGAGAUCACAAUGAAUGUUUCAGUUCUGAUUUCCUAUACAUUCUCGGGGUAAAACGUGGAUGUCUUACCGACCAACUAAAUUCCUAGUUUUGUUUUUAUCCACUUGCUACGUGCCCUCCACUGUACAUUUUCUCAUGUUUAUAUCAUGGUCACGAUACACGAACACUUUUUUUUCAUGUACAUGACAUUUGGUUGGCAGCGUCUUUCUGCUACGUUUUUACUGCUGCUUGUCCCGGUCGUUGAUGAGAUGUACAGCUUACAGUCUCCGACAUUCCUGGAGGCCUGUUGUCGUAAAGCAUGUAUGCAAAUGGAAUCGUAGUUAUUUCUCCUCCCUCUUCUUGUGCUCGAUCGCAUCUCGCCUGAAAUCCGGCUUCUACCAUAUAUGUACUGGGCCAUCCUGCUCAGUUCUUCUGUCGGCCCGCACAGCUUCUCUUGUAGUGUCUAUUGGUUUGGCCACGUUUCCUAUCUCAGAGCCCUAUGUUUCUUGCACUGCUAAAGGAUGUGUUCUACGGUUUAGUCUGCUUCUCCACACUGGCAUUUUGGUGAUUGCACUACAUCUGUACAUGUGUUGUCUGUGUCUUUUGUUUUGUUUUCGUAGUCUGAAGAUAAUCACUUGCUCUUGGUGGAACAGCUCAUGGCAGUUAUCUGGUGUAUGUGGUGUUUUAAAUGGUGUAUUUAUAGGAGUUUUCAUUUCUGUGAAGUUGAUAUUGUUGUCUUGUUUUUCUUUUUUGGGCACCUAUUUUUUGCCACUCUGCCCGCCUGUUCGUUUCCUGAAACACCACGGUGCGAUGGGAUCCACUGCAGCAUGAUGUCACGGCAUGGGGUGCCCGCCAUCACUUCUCUCAGCCUUGGGUGUUUGUCGGCAUUGAUUGCGUGCUGUACUCACAUGGCCCCUGUCAGGAAUACUGUUAGCUUUGGGGGUCUACUACAUCUCUGAUGAUGUUUGCUGCCUGUAUAAGAGCCUCCGCCUGUGCCAUGUAGUUGUACAAUGCCGCUAGGUUGGGACUGCCUUUGCUUGAUAAUUGUUUCUUUGUUGCAUGCUCUUUUGUCUAGGUGUUGGGAUAGUGUUCUUAUGAUGUAGCCAAAGAGCGAAACCAUAUAUGUAGGUGGAUGAAAGUUCCAAACCUAUGAGCCCAUUUUUGUCGUCAUUCGGGUUCCGACUCAGACAGGAAGUGUAAAUGAUAUUACUACCUCAGGCAGAUCCUCUGUACUGUACUAAAAAAACAAAGGUCACAAUUUAAGUAGGCCUACAUGUAUUAAGUAUUAUUUGGCUUUGAUGUGCCCAGGGAAGAUAGUCUGAUCUUUAAACUCAUACUUUCGUAAUCCUUUAAAAGGUUUUUCCUUCAACAAACAAAUAAACAAUUAAAGUUACUACUCUCUUGGCAUUUACUAAGCCUUCUUGUUUGUCACGUGUGCUGGCAGUGUCCCAUUGGAUGAAGGGUCAAUUUUACGAACGCGAAACUUUCAAAUCGUUUUGUUUUAGCGUGAGGUUGUUUUGUCAAACAAACACCAAGGCUUGCAGCGUCCAUUAGAUCCAAUAUAGAACUGUGUAUUUGAUGUCAUGACAUUCGAGCGGGUCGUAGAAGUACCAGUAUUUAGAGGUGUGUUUGCUUCUCAUGUAUCAACAGACAUUUCUUUGUGAAACUUUUCCAACCAAGAUGAAAGAACACGCUGGCUACUCGACCAGGCACACAGCUGUGUUUUGACUUGCAAAAGCCACAACUCGUAGAGAGUUGUAGCUGCAAUGGUGGAACAUGUUGGCUUGAGGAAGAUUUACAUUAUUGCUGGUCGCAAACAUUGUAGCCACAGUCCAUAUUUGACGUCUGUCAUUGUGACUGGGGAAGACAGCCUCGCAAGUUUUAGACUUCGCAACAAUUAUUAUAGUGUAAUAUUUUUAAGUUGGUCCUAGAUCUAGUGCAGUACCUGAAGCAGGAUUGUUGUCUCGUUUGGACAAAAUUGAAAAAACCAUGUUGUUGAAUCUACGCAUGUGUUUCGCUGUGUCCCGUGGGCUGUUGCUGUAUAUAACAUGCUUUUGGCGAACAAGCCUGGUUCUUUAUUUAUUGAUUUAUUUAUUUUAAUUUUGGGUGGGUUGGGGGAGUGAGGGUAUUUGUUUUGCUCUU